AUGAUGUUGGUAUUUGUGGUGGGUGCAAAAUAUUUUGGAACCCUCACCGCCGCACGAAGCGCGGUGUUUGCGCGCUCAUCGAUAUUCCUCUUCUUUCUUCUACUUGCAUUCAUGGGAUCUGUUUUUCUUCCGCAUUUGCAUACCGGCUGGCACGUAGACCAAGCUAUUCUCUCAGAGGAUGAAAGACUUGUUGUUAUACGAUUUGGAAAAGAUAAUGAUAAGGAAUGUAUGAUAAUGGAUGAGCUAUUAUAUGGGGUGGCCGAGAAGGUGCGUAAUUUUGCGGCUAUAUAUUUAUGUGAUACUGAUGAGGUGCCCGAUUUUAACACCAUGUAUGAGCUCUAUGAUCCGUGCACAGUGAUGUUUUUUUAUCGAAAUAAGCAUAUGAUGUGUGAUUUUGGAACUGGAAAUAAUAAUAAGCUCAACUUUCGACUAACGGAAAAGCAGGAACUUAUUGAUAUCAUAGAAACGAUUUACAGAGGAGCACACAAAGGAAAGGGUUUGGUUGUGAGUCCUAGGGAUUAUAGUCGGCAGAGAAGGGGCUAA